AACGGCUCGGAUUUAAUUUGAAUUACAGCCAGGCAUUCAUAUGGUGAGUUAACCAGAAAAUGCUCUCGUAAGCACAAGCUUGCACCAAGUAUAAUGUGCAUUGAAACCAGUUGCAAAAUUGUUUGCUAUCUGUGAACAGCGACUAGCGAUUGUGUACAAGCAUGCGUCAGAUCGGUGACACCAACUGCUUGGCAAUCUCUUGAUCCGUGGUUAUCUGUGAAACGUUCUCGCAAAGUCAUGGUUUCCUGCCAAAGACAUGUUAGUAGCCACUUGUUACCAUGAACUUCCGGGUAUGAAUCAGUUGCUGGGACUAUGAUCAACGCGAAGAGAUGGAUUAGGUCAGUUGGACUUCCUCCGAUGGCUAUCGUCCAUCGCCUCAUUCUCAAUUCCCAGCUAUAUACUCGGCAAUUCCCAUCCCUGGAUCCGUUUGAUCCCAAGUAUACCAUCCACUUCGUGCUCCACAGGCAAACCGUGGCAAUCCCCACAGCGCUCUGGUACCUGGUAACGAUGUGGCCGUAAUGCGGCAAUCCAGUCGCCAAGGGAGCUUGAAUUGCAUCGAGCUUGCUCCACAGGAAAAUCCGCGCGCGACAAUGACGAGCUAAGCACCCUCAUUAGAACCCUAGAAAUUUGUGGGCGUUUGGGUAUGGCGUCGGGUUUUGGGAUCCGUGGUUUUCGUGGGCGUUGCUACGAUCUCUUCAUGGAUUUUCGAGAGUGUAUGACGCAUUGCACGAUCCCGCAAGACUGCACGGAGCUCCGCGAGGAUUACUACGAGUGCCUGCACCACGCCAAGGAGCUCAAGCGGUGGUACCGGAUUGACAAGGAGCGGCAGCGCCAGGAGAAAGAAGCAGCGGCCAAGGGAGCAGGCGGCAAGGAAGAGGAGGAGCACAAAUCGUGAAGAACAAUAAACCCGUGUAAGAUUGAUCCACCGGACGAUCUUCUAGCAAGAACAAAAUUUCGAGCUAUUGCUUGAUC